UCCAAUUAAGAUAUAUAACAUUAUCAUAAUUAACUAAAAUAUUUUUCCAGGGGUAGAGUUGUAAGACAUCUGCCAUGACUUUCACCGUUGACAUCAGAGGAUCAUUGUCCCCUCCCAUCACAGCAUUUGUGUAUCCUUUUGGAUCAGCAUACUUUGAUUACCAAUGUUCAAGAUAUAAUCUUGUUGAUGCUGAAGGUGGUGAUGAUUCAGAGGAUGAAAAAGAGCAUUUAUCAGAAAGUGACAUUGUGAUUGAUGUAAAAUACAUUAAAAGUCUUGAGGCUAAAGAUUGGAAAGAUCAGGAUCAUUACAGAGUUCUAGGUAUUCCCAAUCUUAGGGUUAAGGCCUCAACGAAGGAUGUUAAAAAAGCAUACAAGUACAUGGUCCUUAAGUGUCAUCCAGAUAAAAGUCAAGGUAAUACCAAAGUUGAUGAAGAAGCAUUCACAUGUAUACAGAAAGCAUAUGAACAACUUUGUGUGAUAGAUGGAAAGCGUGCCUAUGACAGUGUUGAUCCUGAGUUUGAUGAUGAUGUGCCCAACGUCACUGAGCACAACAAACAAAAUUUCUACAAAGUGUUUGGAAUAAUCAUAGAAAAUAAUGCACAGUGGUCGAUGAACAAAAAUGUCCCAACGCUUGGCACAGAAAUAGAUGAAAUUGACUAUGUGAAUGAUUUUUACAAUUUCUGGUACGAUUUUAAGAGCUGGAGAGAAUACUCGUAUCUUGAUGAAGAAGAAAGGGACAAAGCAGACUGUAAAGAAGAAAGAAGGUAUUUAGAUAAGCUGAACAAGCAAGAGCGUAUUCGACGUAAAAAGGAAGAAAUGACUAGAAUGCGCCAGCUUGUGGAUAAUUGUUAUGCUUGUGACCCUCGAAUUAGAGCUUUCAAUGAAGACAGAAAGAAACGAAAGAUUGAAGCUAAACUUGCCAAACAGGAGGCUUACAAACAAGAACAAGAAGCUUUACGUCUUCAGAAAGAGGAAGAAGAGCGCAUUAGACAGGAAGAAGAACAGAAACGUAUCCAGCUGGAAAAAGAGAAGGCAGACGCUGAGAAGGUAGAAAGGCAAAAGCAAAACAAGCUCCUCAAAGGAGAAAGAAAGAAAGUUCGAGAUUGUGUAAAGAACAAUAACUAUUUUUGUACAAAAGAUGACAAUAUUGUAAAAUCCAUGGAGAACUUGGAUCUCUUACUUCAGGCUCUUACCAUUGACGACUUUAGAAAACUGAAUGCAAUAAACAAGAAUGUAGAUCAGUUUACUAAACUUUACAACUCUUUCAUGACUUCACAUUUGGAAGCACAAGAAACAAAAACAAAAGAAAAUUUAGUAAAAGCCAAGCAAAGUCAAGAUCUUCAUAAAGACCAAAGCAUCAGCUCUGAUAAGUUUUCAACUCAGGACAUAGCUCUUUUAGUCAAGGCUGUGAAAAUUCAUCCACCAGGAACAGUGAACAGAUGGAACACGAUUGCCGAUUACCUCAAUCAGCACAGUACAGUCUGCUCGUCAUAUGUUAGCAAGGAUAUCAUACAGAAGGUCAAGAACUUACAAUCAAGAGAAGGUGAUGAUCUGAAAAGUAAAACCAAUGAACAAGCAUAUAAUAACUUUGAAAACUCUCAGAAGUCCAGAAUUGGAGAUGGUGUCAAUGCUGUAGGCGGUCUUAGCACUAAGGAUACCAUGAACUCAACUCUCAUUGAUGAUAAAAAAGACAAAGAAAAGAAGAAGAAAUUGGCUUGGUCAGCAGAAGAACAGAAGCUUCUAGAAGAGGGUUUGAAGAAGUUUCCUCAGUCAGUGGGUCCACAGAGAUGGGACAAUAUUGCCAAGCUUGUGGCUACAAGGUCGAAGAAAGAUUGUAUGCGGAGGUAUAAAGAUUUAGUUGAGCAAAUCAAAGCCAAAAAAGCUAAGCAGUAGUCUGUUUUAUGGUAAUAUUUAUUGAGCUUGAAAGUGUCCCAGUCACAAAUAAUGCAAUGUUUGUCAAUUUAUAGCAAGUUUUUAGCUAUAAGUUGAGCUGGGCAUGUAAAGCAAAUUGGGCUAAGAUAUCUCUGUCCUGUCAUUAAAAAUUGUUCCAGGCAUUUUCAUGUUACUGUAAAUUGCUCAGGAAAGUAAACCAGCUUGCAAUCUACAAGUUCUUGAUCUUAAAUGUUUCUAUGAAAUGUUAUGACAGUAAAUUCAACUUCGAACUUUUAUUUUUUCGACUUUUUAUCCCUCUA